GGACAGAGAGGAGGACAGAGAGGAGGACAGAGAGGAGGACUGAGGUCCGCAGUGAUGCUGCUCCCGCGGCUCCCGGUGCUGUCGGCGCUCCUCGUCCUGCUGCUGGCCGCUGGACGAUGCACCGCGGCGGCCGGACGGCUGGAAGGACGCAGCAUGCUGGAGCUGGUCGGCCGGAACCCGAGGACCAGGACGGAGCCGGCGGCGGAGCUGAGCGGACACCGCGGAGUGAGAGGGCCGGAGAGAGAGCGGAGGUCCCAGCAGGGAGCGGAGAGUCAGCACAGAGACCCACGACACAAGGAGAAGUUCAUCAAACACCUGACAGGUCCUCUUUACUUCAACCCAAAGUGCAGAAAACAUUUCAACAGACUGUACCACAACACCAGAGAGUGCACAGUGCCCGCCUAUUUUAAAAGAUGUGCUCGCCUGCUGACUCGCCUGGCUAACAGCCCGCGCUGUACGGAGAGAUAAACACUGCUGGAAGCGUUGCCGUGGCAGCAAGGAAGGCGGGGCAGUCCUCCAGCCGAUACCAACACCGCCACCGCCGAGACGCCGCUGUCAUUGUCAAUCCACUCCCAGAAUGCAAUGCUUUCAUCUGGCUGCUAACUCUGACUGAUGGGACCACGAUGGACCGGUUCUGUUCUGGUCUAGGUCAGCUGGUGUUGAUAUGUAGAGUCCAAUCAGAAGUCCAGUCGAUGUUUGACCUCCGAGUCCGUCCAUGGACCACGACAAACUCUUAAAUGUUUCCAUCCACCUGCUUUGAUGAGCGUUCUGGACUCUGGUCUUUAACUGGACUCUGUUCUACGACUGAUCGAAGAGUCCAGUCUGCAUCACCAGACUCUCCUCAGCUGUGCUGGACUCUGCCGGACUCUGCUGGACUCCUCCAGUAAUUCAAAGAGUUUCCUGGAAGUCGAUGAACUGCAACAAGUCGCUUUGAGUCCGAUAUGAUCCGGAAACUAGCGCAGGUCUCAACAGAACCGUUCAUCCGGGACCGAAGGUCUUUUCCUCGGUGUGCCGGUGGUUUGAAGGACAGAUCCUGAUCAGCUCCAGCAGACGUUUGUUACCUGAUAAUUCUGUUGCAGUGUAUUUAUAUGAAGCUGCUGCCCUGUGCAAUAUGUACAUACACUCAGAGCAAUA